AUGAAUGUAGUGUCGUCUCAGACCUCGUUUGCCCUCCACCUGACGCGGAUAGCAUCUGUGUCGGCAAAUGUGGGUCAGCCCGGAGGCUGCCACCGUGACCUGUGCGGACGGCGACUGGGUGUCACCGCGGGUGCACUACUUCGUCUAGUCAUGAUCCGCAUUUUGUUGUUGAUCAGUAACAAGACCUGUCGAGAAGUUAGGUACAAUGCUUUGGAUAGUCUGCUUCGCAGAACUUUGACUGGUUGUUUCGCAUCUCCAGUUCCUGCUUCAGUACAUAGUUUCUAUGUGUAA